AUGUCGGAGAAGACGCCCCUCCAGUCCGACAAGGAGGAGACUCCGAACUACCCUCCGCCGGACUACAUCACGGCCGCACGCGAGCACGGCAUCCCGCUGCGGCAGUCGGCCCCGAUCCGCAAGGGCCCCCAGCCCCUUGACGUCCCCAUCAUCAAGUACCUCAAGACGCACCGCGUCAUCCUGGCCUCGGCCAGCCCCCGCCGCAAAGCCCUGCUCGCCCAGCUCGGCAUCACCAACAUCGAGAUCCAGCCCUCCACCAAGCCCGAGAACCUGCCCAAGGACGCCCUGGGCCCUUACGAGUAUGUCAACGCCACCGCCCGCCAAAAGUGCCUCGACGUCUACGCCACCGCCAUCGCCGAGGGCAAGGAACCCGACAUCGUCAUCGCCGCCGACACUGUCAUCGUCACGCGUGACGGCCGCGUCCUCGAGAAGCCCCCGAGCGAACAGGCCCAUAUCAAGAUGCUGAAGCACCUCCGGGACACGCGCUUCCACAAGGUCCUCACGGCCGUCUGCUGCGCCGCGCCCAAGGCCGACGCCACCCACCCCGGCUACGAGCUCGCCGCCUACACCGAGGAGACCAAGGUCUUCUUCGCCAAGGAGAGCGACGGCCUGCCGGACGACGUCAUCGAGAGCUACGUCCGCACGCGCGAGGGCGUCGACAAGGCCGGCGGGUACGCCAUCCAGGGCAUGGCCGGCAUGGUGCUGGUCGAGAAGGUCGAGGGCAGCGUCGACAACGUCGUGGGCCUACCCGUGCGGAAGACGUUGCAGCUUUGCGAGAAGACCAUUUUCAGACAAGGGGAAGAGAAUGAGAGCGAUGUGGAUGAUGAUGAGUAA